AUGGCAGAUAUUCAAGGUCUACAGGCAGAUAUUGUGAAGGAAAUAUUGAAGAAGGCGCUUUCUCUUGCAGCUGAAGAGAUCAGCCUUGUAUGGGGUUUCAAGGGAGAUCUGGCUAAGCUUGAAGGAUCGGUUAAAAUUAUUCAAGCCGUGUUAACUGAUGCCGAGAGACGAGGAGUUAACGAUGAGUCCGUCAAGGUGUGGCUGGACAAGCUUAAGGAUGAAGGUUACCGAGCUGAUGAUGUCUUGGAUGAGUUCGCUUACGAAAUCGCACGACGAAAGGUGGAGAUUCGAAAUCAAAUGAGGAAAAAGGUUUGCCUCUUCUUUUCAUCUUCUAACCCAAUUUUGUUCCGUUCCCGUAUGGCUCAUAAAAUCCAGAAUAUCAACACAUCCUUGGAAAAGAUGAGAAAAGAAGCAAAUGAUUAUGGACUUCAAAGGGUUUCACAAGUGUCUACUCCUGUUACAAUACAGAGAGAGACCGACUCACUUCUUCACCAAUCGGAAGUUGUUGCGGCGAAGAUAGCAGGGAGUAUGAUGCGCUUAAAGAAGGACAAAGAUGAAUGGUUGUCAAUUUUAAAUGAUGGAUUAUGGAGUGCCGUUGGAGAUGCAAAUAGAAUUCCCUUACGGAAAAGUAACAAUCAAUUCAACUAUGGAUGGCACAAGAAUUUCUUCCACCAAAGGAAGGAAGUAACAAGAGUGGGUAAAGGCAAGGAUUUCCAGAUUGAAGAGCUUGGGUAUUUAAAAAAUCUAAGAGGUAAGCUGGACAUAUAUGAUCUCCAAGAAGUGGGCAGUAAAAAGGAAGCAGGAAAAGCAUAUUUAUGUGAAAAGGAAAAUCUAUACAAGCUGGCUUUCAAGUGGGAUUUUGGGUGGAAUGGUAAUAACAGCGAUGAGGGUGUCUUGGAAGGCCUCCAACCUUCCCCAAGCUUAAAAGGAUUAGAGAUAAAUAACUUUUGGGGUGAUAACUUCCCCUUAUGGGUGAUGAAGAUGGCUGUAACUGCUAGUGGUGGAGACGACUGGUUACCACUCAACAAUUUGGUGACAAUCAAACUAAUAGGUUGCAGCAGAUGUGAGCAUAUACCAAUGCUCCGCUGA